CUCAAACAACGAAACCAACAACGACACCAGCAAUCAACUAAUUUCCCCGGCGCAUGUAUCCCAAUUGACGCCCUGUCACCACUGCGACCCCAACAACCACAUCUCGCACCGACUUCUUCCCCGCAGGACGCGCCAGUCCUCUGCAAAAUGGCCACCCAAAUGAACGCGCAAGAGCUCAUGCACCUGCAGAAGCAGAUUGGUAAGGCUUUGGAAUCUGGGGAUCCGCCUAGCACGCUCCUCGAAUUGCUCAAGCCACUGGACAGCUGGCGUGCGACCGAAGACCUGCUGAGAGUAUCGAGAAUUGGCAUCGCUGUCACGAAAUUGCGCCAAAACAAGGACCAGAAAGUCGCCGAAACUGCCUCGAAGCUGGUGAACCGCUGGAAGCAGGAAGUUAGCGCGAAGAAGAAGAAGGCCGGUGGAGACAGCCCAGCACCACCUGCUGCGGGAGUCAAGAGUGGGACUGGUGCAAGUGCGACAGGAAGUCCUGCAACACCUCCAGUCAAGACAGAGUUGAAGAAAGAACAACGCAAGAGCACUGUAGAUCCCUCGAAGCGGACCACAAUCACAGAUAAGAUCGACCACAGUGUCACUGGUGAUAAGGUCCGUGAUGGUUGCCUGAAGUUGAUGUACGAUGGCAUCGCAUUCAUGUCGGAGGAAUCGCCUGAUGCGGUGUUCGAUGUGGCGAGAAGAGUGGAAGUUGCGGCCUUCGAGCACUACAGGCAGGAGACGAGCAACGACUACAAGACGAAAAUGCGAUCUCUGUUCCAGAAUCUCAAAAUGAAGGACAACAAACUGCUCAGAAGAGACGUUUUCAGCCAGAAAAUCGAUGCAAAGCGUCUCGUGACCAUGACGAGUGAAGAUCUGAAGAGCGAGGAUAGACGAAAGGAAGACGAGGCAAUGAAGGAGGAGAACAUGAGAGUGGCCAUGACUCCACAGGAAGCCAAGGCCAUCUCGACCACCUUCACAUGUGCCAAGUGCAAGGAGAGCAAAGUCUCCUACUCGCAAGCUCAGACUCGAUCUGCUGAUGAACCGCUCACGACCUUUUGCGAAUGCACCGUCUGUGGACAUCGGUGGAAAUUCUCCUAGUUGCCCCGAAAGCAACAUACGAAGAGUGCGACUCUCCAAUAGUGGUUACCCAGGGGCAUCUUUUGAGUGGCGCUCCUUUACGCAGUGGUAAUGGUCGAGCUGAUUUUCCCAUCUUCUGCUACACGAGCACAAAAGAGUUCGCGAAGUCAAGCCAGUCUUGAUGGUCUGCGUGUGGUCGGUAUAAAGACAAACAAGUCAUCGCAGGGCAACGGCUGGCAGGUACAUUGGGCAAGCAGGGUAACAGUCUAAGCUUUUCGGGACAAACGGACUCCGCUACUGAAAUGACUUGAGUGCGUCCGGACAUGGAUAGAACAUCCAACCAAAAGUUUGGAGGAUAACCAUUCCAUUCGGAGCAACAUACUGAGGUCGUUGUACUGUUGCUGCUGCUGUAAACGAAACGAAUCAAACAAAAAAAUGAAACAGUAAACAGAAUUAAUGAAAACAC